AUGCCUUCGACUCGAGCAGCUUUAAAACGUAAAUCUUUGAACAAUCUAGUAACGCCCGAAAAGAAAAGCCAAUCUCGAUCCUCGUCAACUAAACGAUCAACGGCAAUUUCGAAACCAAAGCAAGCUGCACGCUUCCCGAGUGUCAAACAUACUAAUUACGAGAAUACGAAUGAAGAAAGCUCUUCGGAAAAAGAUUCCUUAGCUCUCGAUUGCCAAGAUGAGUCCUUACGCGUUAUGGCGAAGAACUCAACUACACCUUCAGAUCUUCGCACAGAACGCGCAUAUAAACAGCUUGAAGCUGCAAUAUCGAGCUAUAGUCCUAUAAUUGCACAAGCGCAACCAACCAUUACUUCUGGUGCAUUAACUUUCGAAAAUAAUGAUGAAACAUGUCAGACAUUCGAAUAUUCUAGCUCUGGUAGAUCUCCAAAUUAUCGGUUUACAGCUAAGGGCAAUCGAAAUCAGUCUACAAUACAGCGAAACAAUCGUUACUCGACUAACAGUACUCAAGAUGCGUCAUCGAAAGCGGUAAAACAUUUAACAAUUUCCUCAGCUUUUUCGAACUUUUCAUUACUCGAAACGAUACCGGAAUACAUCAGUUUGAAAAAAGCUUUGGGCCAAGAAAUUGAACGGUGCAAAACGUGGCGUGAAGAUUACAUCAAGCUUCGAGCUGAAUUCGAUGAAUAUCGCGAACGUUCAUUUCCACGUCCAACUGUUGGUGGUUUGAAUUUUCUGCUUGAACUGGUAGAAAACUUAACCAAUACAACUAGCCCACGUCGCAAAGGAUCUACUUCUGAACUUGCGAAAUCGAUUGGUUUACCUGAAGAUGAGUUGAUCGAGUGUCGGCAUAUUAAACCUCAACGAGCUGCGCUUGCAGUAUUUAACAAAUUGCAUCCUACACAUCGUGAACGUGCCAAACUAAUCAGUAUCAAGAAGUUUGCUCGAGGAAAUACUCAAUUACUCAACGACAUUUUAUGUUUUGAGGGCCAAAAAGGUUUCGUGCUGUUAUUGNUGUUGGAAGUUGGCGAUGAUUUCGUGACGCAUCAUUUUACUGUCGAUAAGUAUCACAUUUGGGGUGUAACAGCUUACGCACUGGUCUUAGUUGCAACACUAGUUCAUCAAAGGACACCACAAUUUCCUGUUUAUCGCUAUGAAGAGUAUUUCGAUUUACAAAAAAUAACGAAACAACAGAAAGACUUUUUCCGUUUAUGUGUUGAUCUCCGAUAUCGAGACAAAACUAGAGAAAAUAAUAAAGAAAAAAGUCGUUUAUAA